UUCUUUUUCGUGUAAAGAAAACUAGUCGGGUCGAGUGCAAUUUUGUUCUCCAAAAGUUUGGAAAAUUCAUGGAUUCCGAGUGAUUUUCAUCUCAAAAAAGGUAAUUAUUUGUGGUAGUUAGCUACAAACGUUCGAAAUAUUGUCGAAACAUGCUCUAUCAAAGCCAUAAAAUCGGGUUUUCUUAUUCGUUAUUGUUUCUUUAUUCACCCUGGCAAACAUGAACUAAAUACAAAAUUUUCUCGUAGGCCGUGUCAAUAACGUAAAAAAUAUAUUUGCUGCUGAGAUGUUUCCAUCGUCCGCGUUCAACGAGCGAGGUUGGGGGAGGCAAAAAAAGAUGACAUUGCACACCCACCGAGAUCGAUAAUGUUUUGUGUGUUUUCAUAUGCGAGACUGCUAGCAAAAGUCCAGCCAUCAGCUUUUUUCGAGGCUGCCAAUCGGUACAGACCGAACGUUUGAAAAUUAUCUCGUCCUACAUAGUCUACGGAAAUGAACUCAAGUAUCAAGAAAAGUGAAAAAUUGUGUUGCUGCUACUCAUUAAUAUUCUACCAGACUCGUUGAUUCGACACAGCAUCGAGUUAAAUCACUGGCCGUCAAACACGAAAGUCCAGUUUCCCAAAAAAAAACAAAAUUCCACUGUUCGAUCAAUACGCCCCCGCAGGUGUAAUUCGAGUCAUGGAACAUGAUAAACCAUCCCAGCCGAUUAGCAGCAGUAUUCAGAAACCAACCACGUUGAAUCUUAGCCAACCGAAGGCCGACGAUAAUUUGAGCAUCAAAUCUUCGGACUCGGUAACGACCAGCGGCGAGUACGAAAUCGUCCCAGAGGCACAGGACCUGGUAGACGGAUGCGGUUCGUCCCCAUCGACACAUCCAUCGCCGAUCUUGAAUGCGGAACCGAUCCGCGAACCCAAACAACCGACCGAUCUCAAUCUGGCCGACUGCCUGAUGGAAGAGGUGGUCGAGGUUAAUUUGAUUGCAGGAACCCCGGCAGCGGAACGCAAACUUGACGCCGCCGCCGUCUCGCCAAUUCUCAAUAUCGAGGGUAACGGCAAUGUUUUGGAUCUGGAGAAAAACAUGGAUGAGGUCAUCAACGAGCUGGAUGAGGAGCGCACGCUGAGCGCCAGCGACGGCAACGAAUCGGGAAGUGCGAACAAAACGCCGGUUAAAAGCAACAGCAGCAGCCAAAAAGCUGCUCCUUCAUCGCACUUGAGUCUGGUUGGACUGAAGCCGCGUGGCACGACUAAUUCAACAAUGGCAACAGGUGAAACUACGCCCAAUCUUGUGAGCCCGGAAAAUCGGGUGGGACAAUCUGUGUUCUACGAUUGCCUAGAUGCAAGUCCUAUGACAGAGAAGAAGGACGCCAUGAAACCGGAUAAUCAUUGUCCGGUGGAGACGGACGAUGAUUUGUCAGACAUCGAUCAGGAAUGCACGAUCUUCAGUGGAGUCACGUAUCUCGGAGCUACCCGAAUAGCUUCGCCAAAAUCAGAAAAAGAAAUCCUACAAAAGAUGGGCGAAAUGAACGCCAACACAGAUGGAUCCCCACUAGGGAUGAAAGUUUCCGUCAGUAUUCCCACUCGAUCCGAAGGAUUUGUAGUGCUUCACGAUGGUGAAACUAACGGUGUCAUAGCAACUUACGAAGUUCAACGAAUCCUAUUCUUCGCACGUGGUCCAGUGGGAUCGACAAACAAUGCAUGCUUUGCGUUCACAUGGUCCCACGGGGAAACGCAAGAGACGGGCAUACACCAGUGCCAUGUCUUCAGGUGCAAUAUUCCGGAAGCGGUAAACCAAGUCAAUGCUUGUUUCGCCAAGGCCUUUCAGUGUGCGCUGCCUCUAAGUAUGCCAGCCAGCAUGACAACUUCACUGGCUGACAGUUCGGCGGCCAAUCCGAUGAUGUCAUCGAUAACUUCGGAUACGGCCGGCAAUCCAAUUCAGUCGGCCAUGUACGAGUUUAGCAUUUCCCUGGAGAUCAAGGAAAAGGAAAAGAGCGGCUUCACUACGGUACCGCGCGAUGCCAAAUCGAGCUUUCGGUUACGGUGCAACACCGACAAGGAGGUGUCCAUUGUGGUGAAGCAGAUUCCCUCAGAGCAGUAUCCUCCACUGCUCAUAGAACGUUGUUUCGGGGUGCUGCUUAGUCCGGGCAAGAUCGUUCGUCAAGCCGAUAUGCAACUGUUGGAUAUGGUGAGUUUGUUUGUAAAUGUUUUAACUCGAUCGUUUUACAAUAUAUUUCAAUUUAUCUUGCAGUCCACGAUGGGAUACAUAAAAUCCGAAACUAAUUCCGCCCCAAUCAAUCCGAUGACUACUUCCAUCAGUUCUUUGUCGACGGCGGCAACGUUUGCCCAGUAUCCGUAUCAAAUUCGGGCCGAAUGGAAGGCCAACGACAAAGCAUUCGAACAACUGAACACAGAAACCCAGAAGAAAAGUCUCACAGUGGCGGUCGAUCUAGUCAUCAAGGGUAUUCAGGAACCGGUGCGCUUCGUCAUCGAAACAUCGGUCAUGAUUCUCUCGCAAAGCGAACUCCGCAUCAUGUCUAAUUUGUUUACGAACAAACGUCUGCUGAUGAUGCACUACUAUCUGACGCUGAAGGAAAGCGGCGAAGGUACCUGGAAAGUUGAAUCAAUCGACCACUCGGACGAAAUUGUGGAGCCAUCUCAACCACCUUCACUAUCUUUGAAUCUCAAUUUCAAAACGUGGUCCUUCAAAACAUCUGCCAGUGUGCAAUCGAUGGAGUUUGAUGAUUCCAGUCCCGAUUACAGUUCGGAUGGCGACGAACCACUGCUCAGUGGUACCGGAGAAGUUUCCAAGGAGUGCUCCCAUGCACUGCUGGAAGACUGGAACGAAAUCAUCAGCGAAUGGGACUGCGAUAAUUUGGAAAAGCGGCCGAAAAACUUAGCCAACCUGGUGCGGUGUGGCAUACCGGAUAUUCUACGGGGCCGGAUUUGGCUGAAGCUUGCUAAUGUUGAAAACAAGACGGAAAUGACCGAUUCUUAUCGAGUAUUGAUAACCAAAGAGACGUCUUGCGAGACCGUUAUUCAACGUGAUAUCAAUAGGACUUUCCCGGCGCAUAAAUUCUUCAAAGAUACAGGUGGAAUGGGACAGGACAGUUUGUAUAAGGUGUCUAAAGCUUAUGCAGUUUAUGAUACAGAGGUCGGUUACUGCCAGGGUUUGAGCUUCAUUGCGGCUAGUUUAUUACUUCAUAUGCCUGAGGAAGAAGCUUUCAGUGUUCUUGUGGCACUCAUGUACAAUUACGGUCUCCGGGACAUGUACAAGCAAGGAUUUGAGGCUUUAUAUCUACGUCUGUACCAGCUGAAUCGACUUAUGAAGGAUCAUUUGCCGGAUCUGUACGAUCAUUUCACCACCACUGGCAUCGAGUCACACAUGUUUGCUAGCCAAUGGUUCCUAACGCUUUUUACCGCACGCUUUCCACUGUACUUUGUUUUUUACAUCUUAGAUGUAUUUCUCCAUGACGGUAUAACCGUCCUGUUUCAAGUCGCUAUCACACUACUUUCUGUAUGUAAAAAAGAUCUGCUAGAGUUAGAUUUUGAAGGGAUUUUGAAGUACUUCCGCGUUACACUGCCCAAGAAAUGUCGUAGUGAGAACCAAGCAAAGAAGUUGAUGAAAUUAUCGUUGGAAUGCAAGAUCAAACGAUUGAAGAAAUAUGAGCUCGAAUACAUUGCUAAAAAGGAAGAAAACGAGCGAAAAGAGCGCGAAAUGAAGCUAUACGAGCUGAGGUUCAACGAAGAGAGGGUGAAGAUGCAAAACGAAAUUUCUACUUUGAAUGAAAAAAUAGAAACGAUGACGAAAGACGAAAAGAAAAACGCUGGAAUAAUUGUCGAGUACAAGCAGAUCAUUCAACGACAGGAACAUGAAAACAACAAGCUUCAUCAGAUGCUAGAGGAUCUUACGAAAACGGUCUCCAACUGUACCAAAUGUUCAGGAAGCAUACCAAAAUCUUCCCCCAUCCACAAGUGUUAUGGGAAAAAUCUCCAGCACGCAAACAGUGAGAACAACAAUGAUCAGUCCCUGCAACAAACCGCUGAAACCAGCAGCUUGGGCCCGCUGGAUCCAUAUUUGAUAGCGACCCAGCGGAUACGAGAGCUAGAGCUCGAGUUAGCCCAAACCAAGUUGGCACAAGUUGAAGCCGAAUGCAAGAGUCAGGACCUGCACCAUCAGCUGAAUGCAACCUUAUCAGAGUUGCAAUCGAACCGCAGCAGCUGGCAGCCGUGGUUUUCAAAAACCUUGAACUCAAUCCAGGAAAAAGUAGCGACAAGGCGCGAUGUGAAUGCACCGAUACCCACUUUUCAAUCGUAUGCCGAACCACCUGGAGUAAAAUUGCGGGAUCAUUCUCAGACCCUACCCGCACCAGGGCAGGUGCGGCAUAAAGUGAAUCAACGGCACAGUCUGGCACAUCCACCGGUCGAGGGACUAUCCAACAUGAGCAGUACGCCAGCUGUGGGUGUUACCGAACUGAGAGGUGGUCCAAACCGCAACAACGAGAAUGUCGUUCUUCUGAGAGAUUCUGCACAAAGAUGCAACAGUCUGAAGUGAUUCCAGCCAGCAGUUUUCGCGCUUGACAACGCGAAGAUGCAAACCCGCUAAAGAAAAUUAUGAGGGGAUAACCGUUGUCGAUAAUCUCUAUAGACAGUGUGCUAAUUAGCAGAAUUAUACACGCCAUGGUACCAUUUAGAAAUGAUGCCCAUACGCAAUUGACGAAAAGAAGGUAGUGUUUAAAAACGUUCCCCAAUUCUUAAAAUUGUCUCAUAUCUUUUAGGUUUCUAUGAAAAGCACAUUCUCUUUCCACCAAGCACUGUCGUCUGCAGAAACGACUCGAACUGAUAUUUUACCGUACUGUGUUAUCUUUUACCGAACAUUUUUCUGUUAAUCCCCCAAGAAAUUUAUUAAUUCGUGAUGUUACAUUAGGUUAUUUUAUUCAUAUACUAACGAAUAGGUCGAUAUUGGUUUUGUUGUAGAAAACAUUGGACAAACCUAGGAUACUGGAAAAAGAUGCAUUUUUCUAAUUUAAACAAUUUAGAUGAUAGUUUAAGUAUUAGUACUCAGACUGUUCAAAAUCAACAAAAAUCGUUUCCAAAAUAUACAGUUUUUAAAUAGAUAACAGGUUUCGAAAAACACUUAAGUUAUGUACCUACCAUUAAAGUGCGAACGAUAUGAUAGUUCCAUGUCAGAGGCAGCAAAAAUUCGAAACGGAUUAUGAAUCCAAGUCCAAUGAAGUCAGAAAUGUUUCCAUUCGAAACCCUUUGGAAUUCAUCAUACUUCUUACACAGAGAACUUCUUAAUGGAACAUGUUUAAUGAAAUCUUAAGAUUUCAAUCUUUAGGUACCAAAAUGUUACACGCCCAUGCUGCUUUUUAUACGUUUUUAUUACUGAUUCAUUGGUUUUACAAGUUAUCACGAAAUGCUUAUUUCAAUACAUCAGUUCUUGAAAAUAAUACCUAAUGUCGUAUUUGUUUUCAUCUGGUGGCCAACCAGUUGUGCACUAACUACUGUCAUCUUCAUAAAAAAAAACGCUUUGACAGCACUUAGUGCACAACUAGUGGACUACCAAGGUAAAAACAAAUACGGCAUAAGACUAAAAAAUCCAAUUAUUGAAGAAUUUUAGCAGUUUUGUGUCGCAUUUGCCACGUUUAGUAUACAGAGCGCAUAAUGCUGUUAGAUCUAACUGGUAUAUCGACAAGAGUGUAAAAUGGCUUUGGAUUGAGAAUUUCACGAUACCUUACUGAGAAUUAACACAUUAAAUAUACACCCACACCACAGAAUAAAUAACAUGCCCUUAACUAACAACCGUAGUAAUCUCUUUUUGUGACUGUAUAUCUUUGUUAAUCGAACCAUGCACAUACACAACACUGUACAUGGUGCGAAUACCUUUAAAAUCACGAUAAUGUGAAACAAUAAAAAUCUAUAUUAUCAA